AUGAAGGCAAUCGUCAUCAUCGAACCCAAGACCGAGGGCCUGGUCACCGAUCGACCCAUCCCUCACCUUCGCGAUGACUAUAUUCUUGUGAAGACCGUCAGCGUGGCUUUGAAUCCUACAGACUGGAAGCAUAUUGCCUACUUUGCCCCUCCCGGUGCCCUUGUCGGAUGCGACUACGCAGGAACCGUUGAGGCGGUUGGCAAGGACGUCAAAAAGUAUUUCAAGAAAGGAGACCGAGUGUUUGGAUUCUCUCACGGAUCAAAUGCCAUGCAACCGGAGAAUGGCUCUUUUGCAGAGUAUAUCGUCGCCAAGGGUGACGUACAAAUGAAGAUCCCCGAUGGUAUGAGCUUCCAAGAAGCCGCCACACUGGGAGUGGGCAUUAGCACCGUGGGCCAGGCGUUGUAUCAAAGUUUGGGACUCGCAUUACCGACGGAGCCCAUCAGAGAUGCGACUCCAAUCCUGAUUUACGGUGGCUCGACUGCGACCGGCACUCUAGCCAUCCAGUUCGCCAAGUUAUCUGGCUAUAAAGUGUUGACCACCUGUUCCCCGCACAACUUUGACUUGGUCCGUGGCUAUGGCGCCGACGAGGUUUACGACUACAAAGACCCUCAGGUUCCAGCUGAAAUCCGCAAGACCACUGAAAAUAAGCUGAAGCUCGUGUUCGAUUGUAUCGCACUCGAAUCUAGCGCGGUGUUCUGUGACAAUGCUCUCUCCACCGAUGGCGGCGAAUAUAGCGCCCUGUUGAACAAUCCGAUUAGUCGUGAGAACGUCAAUGAUCGCUCUACCCUGGCUUACAGUAUAAUCGGCGAGGAGUUCCCCAUAGGCGAUCUUAAGUUCCCCGCAAAGCCAGAAGAUAAAGCUCAUGCCGAGAAGUUUAAUCGCAUUGCGGAGGAGCUGCUCGCUCAGGGGAAGAUCAAAAUCCAUCCCCCUAAGGUAGGCCAGGAUGGGUUGAAAGGCGUGAUUGAUGGCUUAAAGCUGCUCAAGGAGGAUAAGGUCAGUGGUGAGAAGCUGGUUUACAAUGUUUCCGAGACCCCCUGA